GUUAAAAUUCACAUUAUGAGAGCAAGUCCAUCUGCAUUAUAAAAGCAAACUUUAUUGUUGUUACUUAUUAGAGUCUCUCUUUCCAGAAGGCAAUUGCAGAGACAACAAUCACUGCAAAAUACAAAGAGCAACAAAGACAGAGAUAGAGAAAGAAAAGUAAAAAAAAAACAAAAAACGACAGCCUUACAAACAACAUAUAUACACGCAAACAAAGAGAAAGAAAAAAAAAAUUUGUUCAUUUGUUGAAGUGAAAACGAUAGCUGAUAAGAGCCUUUGCAACCUUUUCCGACCUGCAAUUCUAUGAGACUCAGAAGCCAAUUGCAACAAAAGAAGGAGGUGGGUUAAUUUAUCGUGAUGGUUGAAGAAAUUCAAAAGAAAAUGAUCAGAUGAGAUGGUGAUACGCUUCAAUUUUUGAACCAUUUCUUAGAAUAGUCCAAUGUCUCAAGACUAUCAUCACCAAGGUCUUGCUAGUUUCUCGAAUGAAUUCGAGAGACCUCAAGAUGUCCAACAACACCAACAACAACAUAUCGGUCUCCAGAUCCAACGAGAAAAAUUAAGAGUAGAACAAGGGUUCGAGCCACCAGGAGGAGAAUCAAGUGGAAUCCAAGUUUAUGAGACAGCCGGGAUGUUGUCUGAAAUGUUCAAUUUUCAGACAACAUCCACGGCUGCAACUGAGUUGUUGCAGAAUCAAUUGUCAAAUAACUAUAGACACCCGAAUCAACAGCCACAUCAUCAACCUCUGACCAGGGAGUGGCUUGGUAACAGACAAGAGAUCGUAGUUGGUGGAAGUUUGCAGGUACCAUUUGGGGAUACAAAAGAUGAUGUGAAUGCGAAGGUAUUAUUGAGUAACCGUGAUAGUGUAACUGCUUAUUAUCAGCGUCAACACAAUCAAGUACCAAGUAUAAAUACCGCGGAGUCCAUGCAACUUUUUCUUAUGAAUCCACAACCAAGUUCACCAUCACAAUCUACUCCUUCAACUCUUCAUCAAGGGUUUUCUAGCCCGGUCGGAGGGCAUUUUAGUCAAUUCAUGUGUGGAGGAGCAAGUACUUCUUCAAAUCCAAUUGGAGGAGUAAAUGUGAUUGAUCAAGGGCAAGGUCUUUCAUUGUCCUUGUCAUCUACUUUACAACAUUUGGAAGCAUCCAAAGUGGAAGAUUUGAGGAUGAGUAGUGGAGGAGAAAUGUUGUUUUUCAAUCAAGAAAGUCAAAAUCAUCAUAAUAUUGGUUUUGGGUCAUCACUAGGACUAGUCAAUGGGUUGAGGAAUUCAAAGUAUGUCAAAGCAACACAAGAGUUGUUGGAAGAGUUUUGUUGUGUUGGGAAGGGUCAAUUGUUCAAGAAAAUCAACAAAGUUUCUAGGAAUAACAACACAAGUACAUCACCCAUUAUUAACCCUAGUGGAAGUAAUAACAAUAAUUCAUCUUCUUCAAAGGAUAUUAUCCCUCCUAAUUUGUCAACUGCAGAUAGACUUGAUCAUCAAAGAAGGAAGGUCAAACUUUUAUCCAUGCUUGAUGAGGCAUACAAAAGAUACAACCACUAUUGUGAACAAAUGCAGAUAGUUGUAAACUCAUUCGAUCUAGUGAUGGGUUUUGGAGCUGCAGUUCCUUACACAGCACUAGCACAGAAAGCCAUGUCUAGGCAUUUCAAGUGUUUAAAAGAUGGCGUCGCGGCGCAAUUGAAGAAGACAUGUGAGGCACUAGGUGAAAAAGAUGCAAGCAGUAGUUCAGGACUGACUAAAGGAGAAACACCAAGGCUUAAGGUGCUUGAACAAAGCUUGAGGCAACAAAGAGCUUUUCAACAAAUGGGAAUGAUGGAACAAGAAGCUUGGAGGCCACAAAGAGGAUUGCCUGAACGAUCUGUCAAUAUUUUAAGAGCUUGGCUUUUCGAACAUUUUCUACAUCCGUACGUCUUUCUCAUCUUUUUCCUUCUAAGUUCUAUCUAUACUCUUUCGUCUCAAUUUAUGUGA